GCCUCUAACCUGUCGAGGAUUCUGGUGGCCUUUCGGGCUUUCGUGCCCCACGUGGCCAACUCCAGCUCUUCGCAGACUUCCGUUAGUUGGGCGCCCUUUAGGCGACACAAGUCUUCGACUGUCGACACUUUGUGGUCUUUGGGUCACGUCUUGUUCUCGCGACAUAACCAGAGAUUCAUGGAUGGGAAGGAGUCCUACUAUAAGGGAAUCAAUCAGUUCACGGAUAUGACUUUGUCAGAAGUGAGGGCAACAUCCAUGGGUUACGGAGGCCUUAAAAAGUCACAGUACGAGUCAUUACGCAAACACGUGCCCCGACUGAGCCAAGCCCUGCCCACUGCCGUCGACUGGCGUAAGAAAGGCAUCGUUACGCCCGUCAAAGACCAGGGCGGGUGCGGCUCGUGUUGGGCCUUCUCGGUUGUCGNAGAAUAA